AUGUCUAUCACCAAAGUCUCAGACUUCACCAAAGAUUCGUUCCGUUUCGAAGACGGUGUCGAAAACAGGUUCGGAUCCAGAAAAAUUAAAUUAACGGCAUGCGAUCGUUGUCCUCUUCUCUUGAAGGUCGCGGAUUGUUUGUCGUACGGAGUGGACGAAAAUAACAAGUACGGUAAAGAAAAUCUUUCCGUUUCCCUAUCCUUUUGGGAAAAGCCGGAGUUUAUCUCCGUUUUAGAAUUAUUAGAAAAAGAAUGUGCGAAGCACGUUGAUAAGUCGGGCGAGAAGAUAAUGAAAUGUUUUUAUCGGAAAGGUAACUCUCCUGUUUUAUAUCCUAAGAUCAAUGACGAAACGGAAAUCUACGAACCGAAUGGAGACGGUCCGAUCGAUCCUAAAAAAUAUUUGAAUAAGAGAUUUCAUCUCGAUGCGAUCGUUAGAAUCGACGGAAUCUUUUUAUCCGACAAGACAACUUGUAUUCAGGUAAAAUUAUACGAGGCCGGUAUAUUGGAAGAAAAACCAAGGGUACCGAGAAAAAGACUUUUACGAGAUUAG